GUCAAUGUACUAACUGGGAACUAAUGUUCUUUAGAUGUUUCCUAGAGGGAACGUUUUUCAGUGUUGCACACCGGUAAAGACGGCUGUCAAUCUUUAUAUAUGCUGCUGUUAAGGUUCUGUAAUGUGUACAUAUCAUACAAACCAUUACAUUACAUUACAUUGAUAUGAGCAGCAUACACAGAUGUUGGACCAUCAAUAAAUGUCUCAUUCUAAAGACUUUCCUCCUCUCCUGAUUCUCUAACCGGAAUCUGGUCCAUAUUUGGCCGCCUCAAUCAGCUGUUAUUAAAAUGUAGUGAGGUUUGCUACAUUAAUUUGGUCCUUCGAGCCGGAUUGAGAGCAACAUCAAACCAGUAUGGACCCAACAGUAAGUGACACAGAGACAAUGGAUAGACCUCGCCGUAAGACUAAUUUGCCGUCUCACCUGGCCGAUUAUGAGGUUGAUUACCCACCAGCAGCAGACCAUCCUCCUAAAGCUUCAUUGCCAGGUUCCAGUCAACCUAGAAGCAGCUCGAGGAAAACGUCUCAUAGCGGUAACAGCUCUCAUUCCCGGACCAGUAGGCGUUCUAUUACCUCCACUGGCGUUUAUCUUCCACCAGAACUCUCAAGUGUCCAGACCGCCGUUUUGGAGGAGAAGAUUAAACAGAGACAGUUUGAUAGUCUUAAGCAGCAAAUACAGGAGGACUCACUCGCUGACAUGGAAUAUCAGCGGCUGCAGACACAAGCUAAGGAAGCUCAGCGUGUUCAGGAGGAGGCUCUAGCAGCUAAGGAGGCUUUGUCCAAACACCUAGAGAGACAACGAAAACUGCAACAAGCAGAGACUGAAUUAGAGGUAGCGAAGCUUGUAUCUUCUAUGCUUUCUAUAGACUCUGGUUCAGCCACCCCGGUGCCUUCAAGCUCCUCAGCCAGCCCUUUACCUCCAUCUCAAUACAAUCAGAGUAGUCCAGUCAUGAGUCCAUCACAUAGCUCUUUGCAGCCCUUUCCUCAGUCAUCAGUAAUGACUUCAGCUAUGCAGCCUUCCUCAGCUGAUCAGAUACUGCUGGAUGAUGACUCGCAGCCGUCACUAAGACCACCGGAGCAGACAUUACCUACCACUGAAUCCGUGAGUGUUUCCUUUCCUCCAGUGCUUCACUUACCACAAUCAGUGUCAGUCUCUGCAGUAUCUCAGACUCCCAACAUAACUGCGCCAUUACGCUCUGUGAUGUCAUCAUCGUAUGUGGUACCUCAACCUCUCUCAGUAGCCACUGUUAUGUCCACUACUGCACACUCCUUGAGUAUGAGCAUGCCAUCUGUGCCACAGCAGUCUACCACUGCUGCACUGCCGAUGUCUACACGUCCAUAUGUGAUACCGCAGACAUUUCCCCCUCCAGUGACUACAUAUGCCCGUCAGCUGCAACCUCCAUUUACCAGCCAGCAGGCAUCAGUCAGGCCACCUAAUUCUAGCUUUACUCAGCCACCCUCAUUGCCGCAUCUUCCCUAUGCACAUUCUGCAUACCCUGAUACGGAGUUACUGUUUGCUUCUGCUUAUGGCAUUCCACAACCUAAGCUACCAGUGUUUGAAAGUGGUAAUGAGAGUGACUUCGCCUUGUUAAAAUUAGGACUGGACAAUUUGUUAAGUAGUCACAGCUAUCUUAGUGAGCAGUACAAAUACCAUGUCUUAUUAAGCCAUUUGAAACUUCCUAGUGCUCAGCAGCUGGCUAAAGCCUACAUGUAUCAUUCACAUCCAUACUCUGCUGCGUUGCAGGCACUUCAGGACAAGUAUGGACAGCCAAGACAACUUGUGCAGUCAGAGCUGGGUGCUAUCAUGAACAGUCCACCACUAAGACUGGGCGAUGCUAAUGCUUUUGAUUCCUUUGCCUUAUCGGUACAAUCGAUGGUAGGUAUGCUGAGGACUCUUGAAGGCCAGAACGGUUAUGAGCUUAUGUGUGGCUCUCAUGUGGAUCGUCUGCUCAGCAAGUUGCCACCUGCCUAUCGUGAUGGCUUUGUUGAAUACUGUCUAAGCAAAGGUAUUCUCCAGACAGGCACAGACAAAACCUAUACACUUCCAGAUCUGGCUGUUUGGCUCGAGAUUAAAUCCCAAGCGAAGCGAAUUUCCAGCCGAGCUGCAGCACUGUUCCAUUGUGACACACCCAAGUCCUAUGCUAAAUCCAUGACUUUCGCUCGUCCAAAAGAGAGAUUUACACCUGUUCUCUUGACCAGUGAGAGAGGUACGAAGGGUCCUGAUGCUGCAACACAGAAGUCCAGCUCAAAGUCAAAGCCCAUGCCAUAUUGUCCUCAUUGUGAUAGUAGGGACCAUUACCUAAAUGCCUGUGAACAGUUUAAGAAACUUACUGCAGCUCAAGUUAUCGCUUGGAUUAAAGAGGGAAAGCGCUGCUGGAGAGUUACAUCUCACCGUUCUGCAUGA